ACAACAGCAAUACCCCCUGAAAGAACCAAAAAAAACAAAAAAAAAAAAAAUCUUGAGAGGAAAAAAAAAAAAAAAACCCAUAGCUUUCUUUCUUUCUUUCUUUUUCCUAGUUAGAAAGAGGAAAAAGCAACAAAAACAAGAAAAAAAUGGACUAGUAUAUGUAUAGGAACUAGUUUGUUAAUGGUGGUGUGAUCAUAUAUAUUUAUCUAUGUAUAUGAAGUUACUAUGAAAAGAGAAGAUGAUCCAAGGAGGAGGAUUUAUGAUAGGUUCAAGAUGCCAAGAUUGUGGAAACCAAGCAAAGAAAGAGUGUGUUUACAUGAGGUGCAGAACUUGUUGCAAAAACAAAGGGUUUCUUUGCCAAACCCACGUUAAAAGCACUUGGGUCCCUGCCUAUCGGAGACGCCAGAGACACCACCAAAACCACCACCACCAUAACCUUCUUCAACCCCAUCACAACCCUAAAAGGCACAGACAAGACCAACAACAACAACAUCCCCUUUCAGCAGGGUUAGAGGAGGCAAAUUUCCCGCCUGAAGUGAACUCCAUGGCUACAUUUCACUGUGUAAGAGUGAGCUCUGUAGAGGAUAGUAUCGACCAGUAUGCUUAUCAGACCAGCGUGCAUAUUGGAGGCCAUAUCUUCAAGGGUAUUCUCUAUGAUCAAGGUGCUUGUGAUGAAAAUUGUUACACCGCCGCCGGUGAAAGUUCCUCCGGCACCGGUGGCGUCCUCGAUCAGCAGCCUAAUUUCGUUAAUGCUGUUGCCCUAACCGGUUCGGGUACUACUGCCGCCAGAACCUCCGCGGUUUCAGCUUUUGCUUCUGCUUCUGCUUCUGCAUCUGGUGGUGGUGCUCAUGAACAAUUACAAUUUAUUAAUGCUUCAUCGUAUUCCUUUCCUCUUGAUGCUUCUUUCUCUGGUAUGCAAUUUUUCCCAAAUCGAAAAUCUUAA